GCUGUGCCCGCCCCCAGCUUUUCUUGAGCUCCGAAGUUGCCCUGUGUCGUCGAGACUCGACUCCCACCUGGCCUUGUCUCCCAGCUCGUUCCCUCGCCUCUUCCCCUUUGCACUCACACCCCCAUUCAUUCCAUCCGUCACUCCAAGAUAAAAUAUGUCCACCCGAAAGAGAAAGCAGGAUGCCGAGGAGGAGGAGGAGCUCGUGAGCCUCCCGGAUGAGGACGAGAGCGAAGAGGAAUUUGAGGAAGGUGACAGCGAAGGCGACUAUGAUGACGAGGAAGAGGAAGAGGAUGGAGAGGACGAGGAAGAUGAAGAAGAAGAAGGUGAUGAGGAAGCUGAAGAGCCAGAGCCCAAGGCGAAGCGGCAAAAGACUGAGCCUUCCAAGGAAGACGCCGAGGAUGACGAGAACGACGAGGACGAAGAUGCUGAUGCCGAGGAGGAUGGCGACCAUGAGGUUGUGGAGAAGAACGGGGUGACUGCCAAAAAGGCUACUGCUUCUGCUGCCACUAAAGAAGCGGAUGCUGAGGAGGUUGCUGACGAAGGUGAUGACGAUUGAGAGACCAGAAAUCUCUUGAUCACUUGUGCGAAGUUGGAUACAUGAUGGUGUAGACGUAAAUGAAGUGGAAUGUUGACUUGGAAGAGCAUGAGUCCAGCCAAGAAUUUCCGAACUGUGAGACACUACCGUUGCC